AUGACAGUCGAAACUAUUAGUCGUCAAGUGAAUCAUGAGAUCAAAAAUUUUAUUGUUGAAAAUCCAAGAGCCAAACUUGAAGAAGAUGCCGCCAUAGAAUACGUUAGUAGUCUGAAGGAAUCCAUAGCCAGAUCAGACUUUGCAGAGGCAGUCAAUUGCACAAUUAUUUUAGCAAGGGUUCUUGAGUUAUCACCACCUUCUGAUAAGUUUGUCGAACUGCUGGACAGGACAUUCUUCAAGAAGAUAUGGGCCAUGUUUACCUCCAAGUCUGUUUCUGACGAAUUCCUAAGAAUGGUCUUGAGAAUUUCCUUGUUGUUUCUGUCCGGUUCAAUGUUCACAACGAGGGUAGGAGCUAGCUUUAAUGCACUUCUUGCAGAAAUCCAUAACAACAGGCUGGUUCUCGAGUUGUUAACAUCUACACUCGACUCCAGCGAUAUCAGAUUGUCCUCCGCUGUUAUCGACUUUAUCAGCAAAAUUUUAUUCAGGGCUUCUGAGCAAUCCAAAUCCGAUUUUCUGCUGUUUUCCUAUAAAAAUCUUGAAAUAUGCGGAUUUUUUGAAAAAUGCAUAGCUAUGGCAGAAGAUGUCAAAUACGAGCAGGCGUUGGCAGGAUACUUCAAAGACUGCAUUUCUUCCAUUAGCAUGGCCGUGGGAAAACUACGCGUCAUGAGGUUUGACCAAGAGUCUUCCUCUGCCGAGGCCAUAGUGAGCGAGCUGGUGGAAGAGCUGGAUAGCGCUUUAUACAGUACUGGCCGAUCUCUCAAAAAGCAGGACUUGUCAAAAAUUGACUUUAGUGAGAACCCUCAGGCUUACAUCAAGGCUAACUUCUCAGGACUCUCUGCAAUACAACUACUCGUGUUUCUUGAGGAUAGGACUAUCACCUUCAAGAAGCUGUACCAUGACCAUUUGAUCUUUGCGAAUCGAGACGAAUACUUCCCUGUGAAUGAACUAGCUCUCUCUGUCUCAUCCAUACUAGAUGGAAUUACCCAGAAGCACGGCUCCUCCGAUCUGCAAUCCAGGCUCAACUCCACAAAAGAUAUUUAUCGCAUAUUAAUGGUACAAGCACUCAAUUUUUGGAAGGCUUCUAAAGCUUCCAGAAGUGACGUUGAGGUGAUCGUUACGCUGUUAAAAUGCCUUCUAGAAUACACAGAAGUCAUGAUUUCCAUUGAGGACAUUUCGCUUAGUGAAGCAAUGAAUAAAAUGGGGGAUUUGUCCUACGAAAAGUUGCGUACGUUCCAGUUGGAAAAGAUCAAGAAAGAACGCGAUCUUAUUUGGAAAAAACCAAUGGAGCCAUUUUCUAACCAUCUUAGAGAUCAAGUCUUUGAGUUCGUGAAAGAGCAGCAUUUCCUUCAGCUCUCCAAAGGCUCUUGGGUUUAUGCAGAAGACCCAACCCAAGCAGCUCCAAACAAUCCUCCCAAGAGAUUCUUCAUGAUUCUUUCCCCCAAUACGCAAUCAAUUAUCUAUAAAAAGUUUGACUCUGCACUUGGGACUCGCCCCAAUAUCGAUGAGGACGGGCUAAUUUUUGAUAUUUCCCAAAUUUGCGGCAUUACUUCGACGACACUUCAGUCCAAUAAUUCGGUGCCUGGCAAUUCCAGAUUGAUCAGUCUAUCGGGAAAAAAUGUUUAUGAAAGAAUCAUCCUGUACAACAGACAGAAGAAGCCUCUUUUCUCGUUCUACACAGACACCAAAGACGUCUCCUAUGCUUGGUCGGAUGGUUUGAAGAUGCUUGCCAAGACGGACGAUGACUAUUCUCUAGAUACUCGCAAGCAAAUGCAAGCAUUAGAAAGAAUUAGAGGUGGAGUCCAAUUGCUGAAUCUGGAAGGCCAUGAGGCCCAAUACAGCGAUCCUCCAGUUUUCCAGACCGAGACACUGGCCUCAAUAGCUACUGGUUUUUAUUACAACUAG